AUUUGAAUCUCUCUUUCUAUGUAGCAGUUUAAAUCCGUCAGCGCAAAUUAUUGAUGCUCCAUUUGUUUGUUUUUAUUUUCCGAGCUGCGGUAGGUUGUAAAACAUUUAAGUUGCUCUGUAAUUACAUUUGCUAGUAUAUAAUUUUCUAAAUCAGUUUUUAUACGGGACGUAUUUGAAAGAAUCUUUGAACUAGGUCCAUAAUAUUAGAUGGGAGUGGCGAAGUUAAAACCAUGUUGCAAGUCGAUUUUUUAGUGAUUCUGUGUGUUCCAAAUUAUUCUAAUUCCAAAAAAAUAUGUGUCCAUGAAUCUUGAUUAAGAGGAGAACAAGAAGAGCUGAAAAUUGCUAUUACAAUGGAUAAUGCAAGAGGUUUGAUUAAAUCCUUAGAAAACUGGGCUAAAAAAGUGACUACAGGCUAUAAAGAUGUUGAAGUGCGUGAUUUGUCAGUUUCAUUCAGAGAUGGUCUUGCCUUCUGUGCAAUCAUUCAUCAUUACAGGCCAGAUCUCAUUGAUUUUGAUUCUUUGUCAAAAGAAAAUAUUUUCCAGAACAACUCAUUGGCUUUCAGUGUUGCUGAGAAACAGCUAGGUGUGCCAGCUCUUUUAGAUGCUGAAGAUAUGGUUAAAUAUAAUCGACCAGAUAAAUUAAGCAUUAUAACUUAUUUAUCUCAGUUAUAUAACUGUUUUGAAAAUCAGAAUAAAGGUGAGUAUUAA